AUAUAUAUAUGAAUGGGUGUGCAUAUAUAUAUAUCAAACCCCACCACCAUACACAUAGAACUACAUCCUUCUCCAUAUCAUAACCCCACGCCCCUCGCUCCCUCUGCUUGAAAACACAGUAAAAAAAGAGCAGAGAGAGAGAGAGAGAGAGAGAGAGAGGAGAAAUGACAAGAACCCGUCUCUUUUUUCUCCUUGUGAUUCUAUCAUCAUCAUCGUCGUCAUCAUCAUCGUCGUCAAGACCAUCAGUUCCAAAGCAGCAAGAGUUGGAUAGAAUCAAGGAGCUUCCAGGGCAACCAAAAGUCAAAUUCUCGCAAUUCUCAGGAUAUGUCACAGUCAAUGAACGACACGGCCGAGCUCUCUUCUAUUGGCUCACUGAGUCUUCCUCUUCUCCACACACCAAACCCCUCCUCCUAUGGCUCAAUGGAGGGCCGGGGUGCUCGUCAAUUGCUUAUGGAGCUUCAGAGGAAAUUGGACCGUUUAGGAUUAACAAAACCGCUUCUUCUCUCUAUCUAAAUACCUUCUCCUGGAACAGAGAGGCAAAUCUUUUAUUUCUCGAGUCACCUUCUGGGGUGGGAUUUUCCUAUACAAACACAAGCUCCGACCUCAAAGAUACCGGCGAUGAACGAACUGCUCAGGAGAAUCUGAUAUUUCUUAUCAAAUGGAUGUCGAGAUUUCCCCAAUACAAAUACAGAGACUUCUACAUUGCUGGUGAAAGCUAUGCUGGGCAUUAUGUUCCUCAGCUAGCUAAGAAGAUCCACGACUACAACAAAGCUUUUACAAAACCCAUCAUCAAUCUUAAAGGAUUCAUGGUGGGGAACGCAGUGACGGACAAUCACUACGACAGUAUAGGAACAGUGACGUAUUGGUGGACGCAUGCUAUGAUCUCCGACCGAACCUACAAGUCCAUCCUCAGCCACUGCAACUUCACCGCCGAGAAAGCUUCCGACCAAUGCGACGAAUCAGUCAACUACGCCAUGAACCACGAGUUCGGCAACAUCGAUCAGUACAGUAUCUAUACUCCAACUUGUCUCUCCCACCAUAACGAAUCUAAGCCCGGGUUUGUGCGGAUGAAGAACACUCUUCUACGUAGAAGGCUCGUCUCCGGAUACGAUCCUUGUACGGAGAGCUAUGCUGAGAAGUACUAUAAUCGAGCCGAUGUUCAGAGAGCUUUCCAUGCCAAUCUCACCCGCAUUCCCUACAAAUGGACUGCUUGCAGUGAUGUUCUGAUAAAGAACUGGAGAGAUUCCGACAGUUCAGUGUUGCCCAUUUACAAGGAACUCAUAACAGCUGGUCUGAGAAUCUGGGUCUUCAGUGGUGACACUGACUCGGUGGUUCCGGUGACUGCGACUCGGUUCUCACUGAGUCAUCUCAACCUCCCCGUCAAAACUCGCUGGUACCCUUGGUACUCCGGCAAACAGGUAGCAGGAUGGACAGAGGAGUAUAAAGGACUGACCUUUGCGACAGUGAGAGGAGCCGGGCACGAAGUACCAUUGUUCCAGCCGAAGCGUGCUCUUGUUCUUUUCAGAUCGUUCUUGGCGGGAAAAAAGCUCCCGAAAUCUUCUUAGUCAGCAACCGAAAGUGGAACCAACACAAGACAAGAGAUGGAUAGUUUCUAAUUUCUAUUUGUCCUCCCGGAUAAAUUUGGAGGAGGGUUCCAAGAAUUGAGCAUAAGCUACCACAUUAGGAACAAUUCGAGCAAACUCGAAUUAUUUUCUUUUUCAUUGAAAGAAAUUUGUUGGCAUUCACAGUCAGGGACUAAAAUUGAUUUGGAAUCAUUCUUGUAUUCAAGGAGAAUUUCCAGUACAACAAGAACUGUUGAUAUU